AUGUCUAUGGACACAACCACGGAAGAUGGGGAAUCCUUUAUUUCUAAUACAGAUGCAAUCAUCAACGGCACUUCUGAUAUUUCAGCGUUGGCUGAGAGCUUAAUCUCAGGUCCCAACAUCCCUAAUUCGUCUUGGACGAGUGCAGACGACAUCCAGCAGCAAAUUUCGACGGCUGGUGGUGGUGCUGAUGAUGAUAUGAUGAUUGUAUCAUCAGGUGCAUCUUCCAUGUUAUCCAAUACUAAUAAGCAAAGUGAGAUUAUGAUAUUUAAUGUUGAUUUCAGGGCGUUUGCUGUUUGCAAUAACAGUGAUAAAAUUGAGGAGAAAGGAUCAGCUGAGAGCAGCAAGCGAUUGGAAUCUCGCUUUGGUUUAGGUUCGAAUAUUGGUGGGGCAGUGAAUGAAGAAACCAGCUUUAGGUUUGUCAAUAUAUAUACAUUGAUGGCUUGUGCCGAGGCAAUCCAACAGAACAACUUAAAUCUAGCUGAUGCACUCGUCAGCGACAUAAAAAGACUUGCGGUUCAACAAUCUGGAGCCGUGAAAAAGAUGUACUUCUAUGAAACUAGCCGCUACCUCAAAUUCGCCCACUUCACUGCCAAUCAAGCCAUUCUUGAGGCCUUUGCCGAUUCAAAUAGAGUACAUGUAAUUGAUUUCAGUUUGAAUCAAGGUUCGCAAUGGCCGGUGCUAAUGCAGGCUCUCGCCUCAGUCCUACAGCCGAGACUCGGACAUGGCGGAGCAGUACCCAGGGCGGCUGAUUCAUAA